AUGAGAUCGACUGAUGUUGACAACCCUGGGGGCUCUUCCUCUUCCAACUAUGGCUUAUUCGAAAGGCACCCUCCCGGUGCUCUCCCAUUUACAAAAAAUCCCGACUUUUCCAGCCUCGAAAUUUCCAGCAAUAAAAGUCACAUCUUUGACCGAGAUUUACCCUUCAAAGAUGGGCUCCGCCGCUAUCUUUUUUCCGAUAUUGACACCACAUGGGGUGAAUUCCCUCUCAUUUGCUGUGGGUACGUGAGCGGCUUGAUUGACGGGUUGUCGUACAAUGCAUGGGGGAAUUUCUCGAACAUGCACACAGACCGAGCUCUAACCAUACUCGAGUGCACAUCAACAGGCAACACUGUAUUCGUCGCUUUAGGAGUGUCCGGGCAGCCCGAUAAUCAACCCAUGCUGUGGGCCAAGGCCCUCGUUGCCAUUGGAGUCUUCCUCGUCGGCAACAUCUUUUUUGUCUACGGCUCACGAUACCUGGGUCCUCUCCGACGCUUGACCAUGAUAUUAUCUUUUACGAUCCAGACCGCGCUCCUCUUUGGAGCGGCCCUGCUGGUUCAAAAACGGGUUGUUAGCCCCAACAUCGACCAUCAAGUCCCGAUUGACUGGCUUCAAGUUCUCGCAAUCUCGUUAAUUGCGUUUCAAUCCGCGGGGCAAAUUGUUGCCUCCCGAUUCUUGGCCUUUGCAGAGAUCCCCACGGUGGUUCUAACUGUCCUGGUCUGCGACUUGUUCGUCGACCCCGAACUAUACAAACGUCCCUGGAGUUCGAAUCCGAAACGAAAUCGAAGACUCGCUGCCUUGCUUUCACACUUUCUCGGCGCCAUGACUGCCGGUGGAAUGGAGAAGGAAUCCGGGCUGGCAAGUGGCUUGUGGUUUGCUAUGGCUUUGAAGGCGUGUGUUACAUUAGGCUGGUUUGUGUGGAGAAGCAAAGACUGGGACGGAUUGCACAAGUUAAACAGCACCAAGUAA